AUCCGAUUCUCUCUCAUUUCCAAUCGUUUUGUAAUUGUCUAUUCAUUCCUACCACUCCAAGCUGCCUAACCAACUUUCUUUUUUUCUUAAUAUCAAAUUUUCUUUUAUUAUAGUCUUGCCCUUUCCUUGGCCACCCCCCUAAUAUUCCAAAAAAUCCACUUUUCCACAACAAACUAUUUCAUACGAUAUGGAUACCAACGGAGCCACCACGAGCUCCGCCGCUGGUGGUGGUUCAACUUCUAAAUCUUCCAGCAAAAAGCAUUCCAGAAAACCCGUAUAUUCUAGGUUCACGCAGCAAGAGCUUCCUGCUUGCAAACCUAUUCUUACACCUGGAUUGGUCAUUUCAACAUUUACCAUCAUAGGAAUCAUCUUCAUCCCAUUGGGACUUGUUUCAUUGUCUGCUUCAGAAAAGGUGGUGGAAAUCGUCGAUCGUUAUGAUGAAAGUUGUGUUCCUUCUGAUUAUUCCAAUGAUAAGCUUAAAUUUAUCCAAAAUCCAUCAAUUAAUAAAUCUUGUGUUAGGACUUUGACGGUUCCUAAGCUGAUGAAAAGCCCUGUUUUUAUCUAUUAUCAGCUUGAUAACUACUACCAAAACCAUCGCCGUUAUGUAAAAAGUCGGAGUGAUAAACAAUUGAGGAGCGUGUCAGAUGAGAAAUCCACAAAAGAUUGUAGCCCUGAAGACAAAACGGUGGAUGGUCCAAUUGUUCCCUGUGGUCUUGUCGCAUGGAGUUUGUUCAAUGACACAUACGUGUUUUCGGUGAAUAGUAAGACAAUAGAAGUAAAUAAACAUGACAUAGCAUGGAAGAGUGACAAAGAGCAUAAAUUCGGAUCGAAUGUAUAUCCGAAAAAUUUCCAGAGUGGAGGCUUGAUCGGAGGUGCAAAACUGAAUUCCUCUGUACCUUUAAGUAAACAAGAGGAUCUGAUGGUAUGGAUGCGGACUGCGGCACUGCCGACAUUCAGGAAACUGUAUGGGAAGAUAGAGCAAGACCUCCAAGCGAAUGAGAAAAUACAGGUCGUAAUCCAGAACAAUUACAACACCUACAGUUUUUCGGGGAAGAAGAAGUUGGUACUUUCAACCACAAGUUGGAUAGGUGGGAAAAAUGAUUUCCUGGGAAUUGCAUACAUUAUUGUAGGAGGGCUGUGCUUGUUUUUAGCAGUCUGCUUCAUACUUCUUUAUGUUAUCAAGCCAAGGCCACUUGGUGAUCCGUCCUACUUGUCUUGGAACAGAAGUCCAGCUGGCCAUCCAAAUUAGGAUUAUGUCAUAUAUUUAUAUUAUGUAAACUCACUCCUCCUAUAUACCUAUUUUCCCAUGACAAGGAAACUUUAACAUUCAUAUCCUUUCCUAUUCUCUUUUCUUUCUUUCUUUUUUUUUAAUUAUUAAUAUUACUAUUACUGUAAUCCAUUUUGUGUAGACCCAACCCCAAUAAUAUUUAUUUGUUUGUUUUUCUGAUAA